GUCAUUGAAUUGUCAAGUCUUAAGUCUAUGGUCAAGUCUCAUUUUGAAUUCAUCGUGCUAGCACAUACAAAAAAUUAUAUAGAGCAAUGGAAAAGCCCUCUAAUGAUAUUCAAAAUGAAAAUGACGAAAAGCACACAAAGAAAAAGAAUAAAAAUAAGAAAAAACGUGGAGGCGACGGUGAUCAUGGAGUUUCGGCACCAUCCGAUAGCUUGGUAGUAUCUUUGCCAAAUGCUGGAGAUGUUCAACAGAACAUUUCUCUUAAAGAUUUGAAAAUAGCAAUGGAUGCAUUGAAUUUGCAACAAAAACCCGCUAAAACAACUGAAGAAGCUUUACACAAAUCUUAUCAAUUUUGGUCAACACAGCCUGUUCCAAAAAUGGAUGAAAAAAUUGUAUCUAAUGAACCAAUAGAGCCACCUAAAUCUGCCGACGACAUUAGAGCUGAACCUUACACUUUACCUGAUGGGUUUCAAUGGGAUACUUUAAAUUUGAAUGAACCUCUUGUAUUGAAAGAACUAUACACAUUAUUGAAUGAGAACUAUGUUGAAGAUGAUGACUGUAUGUUUCGAUUUGACUAUCAAACUGAUUUCCUCAAAUGGGCUCUGCAGCCUCCUGGUUGGAAAAUGGAAUGGCAUUGUGGGGUACGUGUGGUGAAAUCAGGUCGACUUGUUGGAUUUAUAUCUGCUAUUCCAGCAGAAUUGAAAAUAUAUAACCAUGUACAGACUGUGGUUGAAAUUAAUUUUCUUUGUGUUCAUAAAAAAUUACGUGCUAAGAGAGUAGCCCCUGUUCUCAUCAGAGAAAUUACUCGCAGAGUUAAUUUAACAGGUAUUUUUCAAGGAGUCUAUACUGCAGGUAUAGUGCUGCCAAAACCAAUUGCUACAUGUCGAUAUUGGCACAGGUCAUUGAAUCCUAAAAAGCUGAUUGAUAUAAAAUUUAGCCAUUUGUCGAGGAAUAUGACUAUGCAAAGAACUCUUAAAUUGUUUAAACUUCCAGACCAUCCUAAAACUCAGGGUUUCCGUAAAAUGGAACCUCAAGACAGUGAAAGAGUUGUUAUAUUACUAAACAAUUAUUUGAAAAAGUUUGAUUUGGCACCUAUAUUUUCUGAAGAAGAUUUUAAACAUUGGUUUCUUCCUCAAGGUGGUAUUAUUGACAGCUUUGUUGUUGAAUCAGAAGGAAUUAUUACUGAUUUUGUAAGUUAUUACACUUUACCCUCUACUGUUGUGUAUCAUCCUGUACAUAAAACAUUGAAAGCUGCAUAUUCCUUUUACAAUGUUUCAACUAAAACUCCAUGGACAGAUUUGAUGCUAGAUGCAUUAAUUACUGCCAAAAAUUCAGGAUUUGAUGUCUUUAAUGCCCUGGAUUUGAUGGAUAACAAAGAGUUUUUGGAGCCUUUGAAAUUUGGUAUUGGUGAUGGUAAUUUGCAAUAUUAUUUAUAUAAUUGGAGAUGUCCUAAUAUGACACCUAAUAAAAUUGGCUUAGUUUUGCAAUAAUAUAUGCUAAAUAAUAUUUUGUAAAUGCUAGCGAGUGGUUUCAUUGUCACAUUAUUGAAGUGUUUUUAAUGAGAAAUAUAGCCAUAGUACAUAAUUGUGAUUUUCUUAUUUU